AUGUCUUACCGCCGCGACGACGAUGACAACACCGGCUCGGGGGGCCGCUCCGGAGGCACUGAUUCCUAUGGCUCAUCUGGUCGAGGCAACGACAGUUACGGCUCCUCUGGCCGUGACGAUGAUUCGUACGGAUCUUCUGGCCGAGGCAAUGACGGUCUAGGCUCAUCUGGCCGCACCGGCGGAGGCGACUCGUAUGGAUCCGGAGGAGACUCUUACGGCUCCAGCGGUCGCACCGGCGGCGGCGGCGACUCGUACGGUUCCGGCGGCGAUUCCUAUGGCACCAGCGGCCGCAAGGGUGGCAACGACUCGUACGGCUCCGGAGGAGAUUCAUACGGCUCUAGCGGUCGCACCGGGGGUACCGACACAUACGGCUCCAGCGGCCGCACCGGCGGCAGCGACUCGUACGGCUCUGGGGGAGACUCAUACGGCUCCAGUGGUCGCACUGGUGGCAGUGAUUCUUACGGAUCUAGCGGCCGCACUGGCGGCGGCGAUUCGUACGGCUCUGGGGGAGACUCUUACGGAUCCAGUGGUCGCACAGGUGGCGGCGACUCAUACGGAUCCAGCGGCCGCACUGGCGGCGGCGAUUCGUACGGCUCUGGGGGAGACUCUUACGGAUCCAGUGGUCGCACAGGUGGCGGCGACUCAUACGGAUCCAGCGGCCGUACCGGUGGCACCGACACGUACGGCUCUGGAGGAGACUCGUAUGGCUCUUCAGGCUACGGCAGUGACAAAAAGCAAGGUGGCAGCGACAGCACCAUGGGUAAGCUCAUGGAGAAGGCUGGUGACAUGCUGGGCAGCAAGAACCUGGAGGAGCGUGGACACGAGAAGCGUGAGAACAAGGGCAGCAACUACUAA